GCUUACAAAAAUGAGAUUGUUUACAUUCGAAAAACACUUUACGAUGGACUUCCUUUAUUCUGAACUGGACGACUGUAAAAAAUCAUCGGACUCCACGAGAUCCUCCUCUAUUCUGGAUCCUUCCCUCUCCCACUCUCAUUCUAGUAAUAAAUAUGUCAUCUUUCUCACUCUCUCUCUCGCUUGACAUAUGUCACGUGGCAAACGUAAAGUGGAAAAAUGUGAGUGGGAAGAAAAGAGAGUGUAUUUUAUAUUAGUGGUCGAGAAAUUUUUAGAGGCAGAAAAAAAUUGUACUUUAAAAUAUUUGGAAAUAUUAUGUGAAAUGCACGAAAAUUGGCCAGAAGGAGACGCAUCAAUCAGGUUGCGAUCAGCUGUUAACCGUCUUAUAUCUACUAGCUACGCAUAUGGAUGCACGUGACGAUAGAGAAUAAUGAAAAAGUGAUCAUUUGGGCACAAUGAUCGUCUUGAUACGAGAAAUCUCGUAAAAUGGAGGAUGAUAUUGACAUUUAUGCGGAUUUGCCGAAUAUCAAUUUGAAUCUGGACAAAAAUGACGAGGUUUGUAAUUGCGAGGAAUUAAAGAAAGAACUUAGUUCGCUCCAGAAUAAACUUGAAGGUAUUCAAAAGCUCAAGGAUAAUCUUGAGAAAAAUCUGUCAUCUUUAUUGAAAACUGCAAAGGGUGAAAUUGCACGGAAGGACAGGAUGAUAAACGAUCUCAGAAAGCGAUUAGAUGACACAACCUUUCGCAGAAAUAACAGGGGUGAAUCUCGAGAUUUUUCUGCUCAUAAAUCAUUACAUCAGCAGGAUACAGUGGUUGAAAAAUACGAAAGUGCUCCCUUAGUGCAUUCACACGAGACUGAAACUGUAUUGCAUAAAACUGAAUUUUACCGCAACGAAGAUAAAAGUACAAAGCCACAGUAUGAGGUCCAAUUGCCCACAGUAUUUGCAGAGAGAUUACAUAAAAGAAUUAUGAAGGAUGAAGACAUGAAGAAAGAAGAUAUGAAGCAGAAAACAUCAUUAAAGCUUGUCAUAGAAGCUAAUUUAAAAGAUGUUCCUGAAGAAAAUAUCGUAGAAAGUGAUAAAGAGAAUGGAUCCAUCCAUAUGAAUAAUGAUGGCAGUGAAUCUAAUACUAUCACACAACACUCUGAUUCAGAAAAUCCAUACAGAAAGAAUUCAGGAAAGAGGAUGAAUGAAGAGGACAGUACGCGUGGGAAUAAACGUUUGAAGGUCGACGAUAGCAAAGGCAAGACUGAUGAGACUAAUUACGAUUGCACUGUGCAAUAUGAGAUGAAAGACAAUCUUGCACAGUACGAGGUGAAAGAUAAUUUCGCGAAGUUCGAGGAUCGCCUGGACGUCGCGCAUCAUCUUAAAGAAGAAGAGAUUUCGCUCGAUAAACGCAGAGUCGGUUCGGAGCAUCAAGACACGGCAAAAUAUAAUCGAGAUUGUACAAAUGGUUGGAGGAGGGAAGAGAGAAGUAAUUCUCGGAGCGCUUCGACGUCGAAUCACGUUCAAGAAGAACUUAACAACGUUUACAAGAAAGACGGCUAUAGAUAUAAUUCGCGGAGAAGGAGUUAUUCUAGAAGCAAGAGUGACUAUGAAAAUUCAAGCGGCCAUCGUUUGCGGGAGAGAUCGAACAGGACGUAUAGAAACAGAAAAUACGACGAUUACAAGUACGACAGUCAAUACAGAACAAAGAGAGAUUACAGGUUAAAGAGAGACUACGAGAGCGUGGAAGGUGAGAGUAAGACGAGACAUAGGAGCAGAGAACGCGGUGAUCCGGCAUGGGAUAAAUCUAGACACACGUUGAGCGAUAUCGAAGACAAGGAGGGAAGUUCAACUAGUUCGUACAAGAGUAAAAGGUACGAAAGUCGCAGGAUAAAAGAGACAGCGGCAAAUGUUUUGCACAACAAAGGUUUGCAUGAAAGGGACAAAACGGAAAUGGAUUUCCGGUCGUCUUCUAGUCGUACAAUUGUAAAUCCUACGCUGAAUCAAAAUGCCAAAAAGACCGCGGAACAAGACAAGGUAAAGAACGAAUCAAAUAUUAAGUCUAUAAAUUCGACGAAAGACACCCCGACGAAGAGUUCGAAUUGCCUGGAGGAAGGUGAAAUUGUCGAUAGUCCUGAGAAGAAAAUGGAUUCGGCGAAAAUUUCAAAAGAUCAUAAAUUGGUUAAAAAUGACACAAAAGUUGAAGAUAAAAACGAAGACGUUCCUACGAUCGCAUCUAUAACAAAUGACAAGUCAAUCCCUCUUCAGAACGAUGUAAUUACCGGAAACCAGUCAGAUAAAGUGGCGGAUAUUGGCGCAAAAGAAGUCGAAGCAGCGUUGUGUCCUGUGCAAACAACAUUGAAAGAUCCUGAAAAGGUGGUGGAAUCGAAUUCCUCUGACACAAAUAAUGCAAUUGACGAAACGCGAAAGUGUAACAAGGUCGAAGAUACAUACAAGUCUCAAAAUAAUGAGGAUUUAAUUGAUUCGACCAUUUGUACCACUGUAAAGCUCGAACAAGUAUGCGAGGUUCAAUGUAAUGAGAAUUUGACUGUCGAUUCGACUACUGACACUAAUAUUGAACCGAUUAAACAGGUGUGCGAUAGUAAUGUCGAAGAUGAAGACGUUAAAAGUCGCGUGAAGGAAGAAUCGAAGACUUCUAUCGUCGAAACGGCUACGAAAAUUGAAGAAACGGCUGAUUCUAACACCGAAGUCAAAAGAAUAGAAGAUCCUGAUGUUGAAAGCGCUAUCAACAAGGACAAAGUAAGCGAAUCUAAGAACUUUGAUAGUCCUGUUACAAUUAUAGAAGCGAAUAAUAGUGAUAAUACUCGCAAAAUUGAUGAAAAAUCAAACGGUUCCGAAGCUGCGCUUAAUUGUGAUAUCGAAAAGGGAGACGAAAAUCAAGUGCCAAUCAAAAGCGAGACUUCUCCUCGGAUAUCAGAAAACAGCAACGUUGAGGGAAACCAUUCGUGCCUCAGCGAUCAUAAUUACGUUCAGGAUGCUCGUGUCGACGCUGUCCAAGAGUCGGGACUUUGCGAAACCGCGCCGGAAGAAGCAGCGACAUUGAAGGAAACAAAGGUGGAAGAAAAGAUCGAGGUUUCAUCGACGAGCGGCAUGAAGAGAACGACGUCGUCCACGAUGAAGAACAAGAAGAACCAACCGAGCAAAGGGAUGGUGAUUGUGCGACGACGAAGAGCCGUGACCUUGAGCGACAGUAACGCUUCGAUGACUGUCCUGAUGAACACGGACAAAACGUCCUCCACAGCAGUAACUAACAGUAAUUCUAGCAACGAGCCCUUCUUGAAGCCACGAGCCUGCAAAGCCGUGCGUGCAUGUCCACCGAGUCAUUUUGCAAUAAAGCAGAAGAAGAAGAAGAUGGAGAAGGAGGAGGGGGAACAUCUCUAUAUAUCGAUUAGCGAGGGGAUGAGAAGCGGCCGCGACUGCUCCGUAUAUCGAUCAGAAAAUAGCCGGCGCGCGUCGGCCGCUGACGUCAUCGUCACCAGAGAGGAAGAGAAAGAGGAGAAGGGAGACGUCCGCGGCGUCAGAGGACGUCGAAACGACCCGCGCUAUGGAUGUCGCCGCCGUCGUCGUCGUCGUCACCUUCGUCUUCUAACAACCUCCGGAGGAACGAGCUUCAUUUCUCGCGGGCAUGUGCUCCUAGACUGUAUCGUUUCUCUCUCUCUCUCUAUCUAUCUCUCCCCCUCUUUCUCUCUGUCGGUCUCCCUCCGCCUCGACGACGAGGUGCGAGAUCCGCGCUUAAUCACGGGACGCUUCCGGUAAUCGAUCGGCGGCAUUCG